GUUAAACACUGUUCCCCCAAAAUUUGAAAACCUCUCCCCCCCAGGCGCUUGCCAUUUCUAGGGUUUUCAUUGAAUCUUUGUCUGAAAUUAACGUCUCCUGUCGAAUGAAAUUGGGCAAUUUACUACUCCAGAAGCGUAAUUUGGAAAUGAUUCGAAGAGCCAUUGGGUUCCGGUGUUAGCUCCAGUAAUGGGAUUCAAGUUCUUGAAAGAUGAAAACGAAGGAACAAGAGCAGGCCGGAAGCAGCUUCGACUUCAGCGAAAAGAUUCACACUUUGCAACCACUUCGAGACCUCGAAUCUAAUUGGUCCGUCGAUCUAGCGAAGAACCUUGAAGAUUAUUUGCUAAAGAUUUGCUCCGGCGAAAUUUCUGGGCGUGAUGGUGCCACCCAGAUUCCUGUGAACUUCUCUGAAGCUGCAUUGCUGCUUCAAGGGUCAGCACAGGUGUACAGUAGGAAGGUAGAGUACCUAUAUUCAUUGGUAUUACAUGCAUUGGAGUCACUUUCUCAGACGAGGAUUAGUGAGAAAGAGCAGCAACCAGAUGGCUCAGCCACAACAGAAGAGGGUGCUUCAAAUGCUCCCGAAGAUCCUUUUUGGGGAUUAGAUGACAUUCCAGUGGAUCCUAAAAACUCACGAGACAGUUCAGCCUCCAGAGAUGAAUUGCGGAAUCACGUUGUUAAGGCUCCGGCAAAUCUAGUUGUUCUCGAGAGUGACUGCUUAGAUACAACUGGAGAUGCUGGUGAACUCGAGUCGUAUUUGCUUGCCACCUGUGACAUGUACAGGGAUUUUAUUUUGUUGGACACAUGUGAUGUGGUGGCUAUCGAUUGUUAUUUAAACAAUGGAAACAAAACUGGAAAAAGAUUGAAUAGUAGCUGUAAAGUCCGCAAAAGUGUGAACCAUUCUACAAGACGUUCUGGAGGAGUUGGCAGCCAAACUUCAGCUCGAAAGAACCAGGACCCUAAUUUAAACAUGUCUCCAGUAAUCAAUAAUGAUUUCAGUCCAGAUGACCAUAUGCUCGAAAACAAUGAUGGUUUGUAUGGAACGGGAUACAUGUUUUCAGAGCCAAUGGAUUUCAGUGGCUCAGACGAGGAUGAUGAUCCAAACCCAUGGAAACCCUUGAAUCCUCAUGAGCCUGGGAAUUUGAGUGUUAAACCCUACAGAAGAGUUACAGCCAAUAGAAGGCAGGGAAUGUGUUCCAAAAAACAAAUGUAUGUGACAACUGUCUUUCCUCUUGCAAGACUACAUGGAACCAUUGACUUGCGUCUUAAGGCUAUAUGGGAGAAGUCUUUUGCUACAAAAAAGACACAUGAAUUCCAGUCUCUUUCACUGUAUGAGAAGCUGCGACAGUCUCUUUCUCUCGAGGAAACUAAUGAUCGUGAAGCCUCUCACAGUCCUGAAAACAAUGAGGACAAUGACUAUGAUAAUGCGAAUGUACCUGAUUUCGACACGCAUGAUGCUGCUGAACAUAGUGAUGAUGAGCAUCAAGACAAUGAUAUGCAUGCAAACGACGGUGUUCCUUUUGAUCAUGAAGGUCAUGAGGAUCCAAAUACUCAUGCAACUCUUGCAGAUCUUUGCCGUUCCCAUUUGGAUUCGCUUCUUGAAAACCUUGCUGAAAGUGAGCACCAGACCGAAAUGGCUACCAGGGUUUCAACAUGGAAGCAGAGGAUUGAGCAGAACCUGAAUGAACAAGAAUCACGCCCAACUUUUGAUAUUCAUGAAUAUGGCAAUAAGGUCUUGACUAAGCUGUCUUUGAAAGAAGAGAGUGGAAAUGGCGUCUCAUUUUCUGAUAUAGUCAGCGGGGAAGAGAAGCACGAUGUUGCUCGAACAUUCUCUGCACUUCUGCAGCUAGUGAAUAACGGAGACGUGGAUUUGCAAAAGGAGGGAGCCGAAGGGGAGUCAAAUGGUUACACUGCUGCAAACCCCUUCUACGUCCGACUCCUCCGCAGGGGCGCUAACGCAAGGAAAAACAUAAACCUUCAAUCCCCAACAAAGAAGAAGUCAAAAGCCUCUGCUCUGAAGAGGCACCCUAGAGGUGAGAAGAGCAAGAGGGGUGGUAAAGGGAACCGCCCCGGUAGUUCAUCCCCUCCCGGGUCCAACAACUCAACCCAUAGAUUCGCUUUUCAGGUGUGCAACGGGACUAGAUGCUCUCCGGAGGGUAAGAAGCGAAGAAAGUCCCAGUUUUCGGAGCCAUUGGAGUUGCAAACUGGAGUGUCAUUAGAGUGAAAAGCAUUAGCAGGUUUGCUGUCUACUGUUAGUGCCUAACAUCUCAUUGUAUAAAUCGCAUUUUCGCGUUCGUUUUGUUCGAGUAUGUACUAUCAAUUAGUGCAGAAAUUUUAGGUGAUACUAAAUGCAGAUGUUUAGAAGAACUUGAUGAGUGUUCUUCAACCUGCAGAUGUGUGUAUCCAUUUAAUCACCCCUUAACCUGUUACUAUUAGCUUAGUGAUUGUGUACCUAAUGAAGGAGAAUUGUAACA